GGGAAGAGGCCAGGAACAGCCGACCAACCCCGGCUUCUCUUCUCUGAUAUUAUUCUGCAUUGCGAGCCCGAGCAAGAGGCUGCGCUCGUGUCCGUAGGAUGUCCCGUCAUGAAGGCGUGAGCUGCGACGCUUGUUUGAAAGGCAACUUCAGAGGACGACGAUACAAAUGUUUAAUCUGCUACGACUACGACCUGUGCGCAUCGUGCUACGAGAGCGGCGCGACCACAACCAGACACACCACAGAGCAUCCCAUGCAGUGUAUAUUAACCCGGGUUGACUUUGACCUGUACUACGGCGGAGAGGCGUUCUCCGUGGAGCAGCCCCAGGCCUUCACAUGUCCCUACUGCGGCAGGAUGGGCUACACGGAGCUCUCCCUGCAGGAGCACGUGGCUGCAGAGCACACGGAGACCUCCACGGAAGUGAUCUGCCCCAUCUGUGCAGCGCUGCCAGGCGGAGACCCUAACCAUGUGACGGAUGACUUUGCUGCUCAUCUCACACUUGAACACAGAGCACCCAGAGACCUGGAUGAGUCCAGUGGGGUGCGGCACGUGAGGAGGAUGUUUCACCCUGGGCGUGGGCUCGGGGGUCCGAGAGCCCGCAGGUCCAACAUGCACUUCACCAGCAGCACCACAGGGGGGCUCUCCACCAGCCAGAGCUCCUCCCAGAGCUCCAACUACAGCAGAGAGGCCAUGGACCCCAUAGCAGAGCUUCUGUCCCAGUUGUCGGGGGUGCGGCGCUCUGCGGGCGGCCAGCUCAGCUCGGGCCCCUCGGCCUCGCAGCUCCAGCAGCUUCAGAUGCAGCUCCAGCUGGAGCGCCAGCAGGCGCAGGCGGCGAGGCAGCAGCUGGAGACGGCCCGCAACGCCUCCCGGGGCGGAGGCCGAGCCAACGCCAUCCUCAACACCAACUCGGCUGGCGCCAACUCCAGCGCCAACCACAACACCAACUCGAGUCCCAACCCGGGCCCGCCCGAGUCCAACCCGCAGCAGGCGGCACACAGCUCCCAGUUCCUCCUCAGCAGGCUCAGCGAACCGCGGCUGUCGGAGGCGGAGCGGCAGGCGUGCGAGGCCCAGUGGGCCGACCGGAGCCUGUUUGUGACGGAGCUGCUGCUGUCCACGCUGCUGCCCGAGGAGGACGCCUCGUCCUCGGAAGACGAGGACGACUGUCGCGGCCCGUUGCGGAACUUCGCCCACUUCGAGUCCAUGGGCUGCGUUGAGGUCAUGACCCUGGACGUGGCACUGGAGAACCUCAACCUCAAGGAGAUGACCCCGGCAACCAGGACGGCGAAAGCGGUGGCGAAGGCGACGCCGGCGAAGAAAGAGCCCCCGGCUCCGCCCCUUUGAUGACACGGCCCCCCCCCCUCCCCUCAGACCACCGUUGAUCGCGGCCGACUGCUGAGUCGGUCCAACUGCCAAUGGAUGACAAAAGACUGCAGUUCUUUUUGGCUUUGUUUUUAUUAUUAUUAUUAUAAUUAUUUUUCUCAGUGGUUGUCAUUUCCGAUGUCGCGCCCCACUCGGCCCGUGUCUAUUACGUUGCGUACAUUGAAUAAAAGUAGUGAGACGAGAGAAUGUGAAGGCAAGCGUGGGAAAGGAAGAAAAAACUAACUAUAUAAAUAUAUUAUAGAAAAAUCUAUAUGAAAGUUGAUAAUCAAUUCCACGUAACCCGCGUUUCCUCUAGCAGAUGAUGAGCACACACUCGCCCAGGAGAGGAGGCAGACGGGGGGGGGGGGGGGGUGCUGUGUAUUUAUAGUUAAUUAAAGAAGUGCUUGGAUGGUUUACCACAACUUGAGCAUGAGCUUAAAAUCACCACGUGCCCAUUUUUAACUGCACAGUCACCACGAGGGGAGGUCUCUCUCUAACUGUACAGGAGCGGUGCUGAGUGCCACAACACUGGCACCACACACACACACACACACAGUCCGAUGGGUGCGUUUGGUUACAUUCAUGUCCAGUCUCCACCCCCCCUCCCUUGUGUGACAUCACCUGUUUUGGGGUCAUGUGACCUUGCUUUAUAUCGACUGUGGGCACUUUGGUGUGGAGAUGCAUACCCGGUGUCCGUUGUGCUCUACAUGAAGGCGGCGAGCAACACAGCGGAGACGCGGGGCGACCGCUUUCACGCCUUUCUCUUUUCUUUUUUUCUAACGUGAAAGAAACGCAACCUGGUCUUCACACGGUUGUCGUUUUUUUGUUCUCUUGCUCUUUUAAAAGGAAGACCAGACCGCGACCGUCUCACGCUUCCCUCGACCUGAACUUAAUCUGCUCCAUCGCUCAUGAAUGCAAAGAUCACUCAUCAUGUGACUUGAAGGAGAGACUCCUGUGUUGCUCUUUCCAUUCUUAUGUCAAAAACCAACCAGAUCUUUGUCUGCCUCCACUGCUACCUGAAGAAAUGCAAUGUAUGUCAAACCACAGGGUAAACCUUUGUCUGGAGGACAAUAAAAAUGUUUUGAAUGGAAAUUAACUAACCCAAUCCUGCUCUCUGGUUUGUGUGUUUUGUACUUUUUUCUUUUUUUCUCAGUUGCUUAACUUUUUGGUGAGAAUGUACAGCAUAUGGUAAAAAAAUUAAAAUAAACACCUAUCUUACAGGUCACGUUCUAUCUCAA